AUGUCUGGUUCCUCCAGCAUCACUGCUAUGAAGAAAGUGGUUCAACAGCUCAGGCUGGAAGCCGGGCUCGACCGUGUGAAGGUUUCCCAGGCAGCUGCAGAUUUGAAACAAUUCUGUCUGCAGAAUGCCCAGCACGAACCCCUGCUAACUGGUGUAUCUUCAAGUGCGAAUCCCACCAGACCCCAAAAAUUCUGUUCCUUUUUAUAG